AUGGCGUCGACGACCACCGAAGCCCCUACCGGAAAGCUAACCGAGAGUAUGAAGGGACUAGUCAUCGGUGCUAGUGGUAUGAUCCCUGGAUACCGACAUGAUCGAAUCAAGAAGAUAGUCGAAGAAUGCGGCGCGAAGUUCACCACAACAGAUCUUGGCCAGUGUACUCAUCUGGUGACAACACCUUACAAUUUCAAGAGAAGGUUGAAGAAGAUCACAGAGGCUGGUAAACAAGAAGAUUGCAAAAUCGUGAGCAUCGAUUGGCUGCUCCAAAGUAAGGAGAAGCAUGCACCAGUGAGUGUGGAGGAGUAUUCGAUUACAUCACGGAAGAAGAAGCUUGAGGACAAGCUUGAAAAGAAGCGUGCACGAGAAGUCUCGCCUGCGGGCGUGGACUCUGGUCCUUCAAAGAAGCAGAAAGAGCAACAUCCCCCAUCCCAAUAUUUGAUCUACUUAGUUGAUGAGGGAUACCCAGAGCCGAGUGAUACACUUUCCGUUUGGCAGGACGCCGAAGGAGUGGUAUGGGAUGCCACAUUGGUCAAUGACCACAAAGACGGACGAAAUGGGGUUGUGAUGUGCAUUCAACUACUUAUGUGUCAAGAGCCACAGCGCUUCCAUACCUGGGCCUUCGAAUACAAAGUUGGACACAUUCUAUCGUCCAAUGAGUCAAUUGGAGCUUCUGGAAGCUUGAACUCAGCCAAAAAAGUGUUUGAGACAAUGUUCAAGAAAUUCAGUGGCCUCGCAUGGGAGGAUCGACAUGCCCUUCCCCUUGAGGAUAAAUGGAUUUUCGUGGAGACUCAUCAGCGCCAUCACGGAGAUCAGAUCCCCACCACCCAGGUAACCACAUUGAAACCUGGUGUUGACAGGGUUUUAGGCCUCAUCCUCACUUCAAGUAUCAUAGAAAACCAGUACAAUAAUCUCAUCAGAAAGAUAUGUGGCACACUUCAACGUUCUGGCACACCUCAGCUUGAUGUACAGGGGAAAUCUUAUCUGAUUGGGGUUGCGAUUUUGGGCAGAUUGACGGCGCUGGCUGGUGGCACCAAGGCCGAUAAUGUCAGCCUGUGCAAAGAGCGGUUGUUAAGGGCCUGCAAUACCCUGAUUCCAAUGCCGAAAUAUUAUAGGAUCACCAUCGAAUCAGCCGAGAGCAGGCUCAAGUCCCUCGAUCUUCUAAGCAAGUUGCACAAUGCAGGGCGUAUCUUGAGAAGCGACCCAUCGUCUCCAUUGGCUUUGAGUCACAUAUCUCAAAUGAUAGGUCUGGCAGAAAUAGACCCAGCGGGUCAUCGCCGUGUUCCGCCUCGAACGUCCAGGGAGGCAAAGUCCUUUGCCGAGUGGGCAAAGGAACACAGUUCCAAGAUUGGGGACCGUCGACUUCUGUGGCACGGCUCGCCAACUCAUAAUUUUAGCAGUAUUCUGACAGUAGGUCUACGCGGUCUACACCCGAACAUCCCCGUCACGAGGGGAAUUUACUUCGCUGAGAUGUCUACCAAAUCGGCGAUUUAUUGUCGGAAAAUAGAUAAGAAAUCAGGAGAAGCUCUACUGUUGCUGUGCGAGGUUGAGCUGGGCAAGUCAAGUUCCUUGAGUACUGAGUACAGGGGCAGCAGCUAUUAUACGACUUGGCGGGACGCUGGUGAUAUUCACCCGAAUCUUAAGGGUACCCGGGUGCCGGAUUUCAACACAAAAGUAUCAGCGGCUUCGUCACUUUACGGUCUUUACCACAGUGAGUUUGUCGUGCACAACCCAGCACAGAUUCGUCAACGGUACUUGUUUCACGUUGAGUUGAAAGAGAAGGUGUGA